AUGAGAGCUGAUCUCAUAGAUGACUGUCAUCAGCCGAGCCUCGAGCUCUGCAGGUCUCAACAAGACGUCGUGAUGACCGCCCCAGAGAUUGAAAGCAAGAUUCUGCAGGUUAUCCAAGACGUAGAGGAGCAACGUCCCAAAGCUGCCCUGCAUGGACUCGAUGUCGGCUCACUCCACUGGCUGGUUUCAUCUUCUCUGAGUAUCGAUGGCCAGCUUCUUCCCGGCUUCCACGCUGGUACUGUUGCACGUCUUGGCGCCGGGCCAUGCGCCGGCCUUAUUCUUUCCAUUCGAAAUGGCGGUCGACCUGAGCCUUUCAUGGACCUACUUGUUCCUUUCCACGCUGUCAUGGAUGGAGUUUCCCUCAACAGCAUAGCUGUAGAUGAGAUCAAGUCUCUCGCCAUCCUCCAUGCGUUCAAGGCUAUGGGCAUUUCAGAGCUCACAAAUUACUCCAAAGGCUCCGACAUUCUUGGCGAAAAGCUGAAGAAUGCUGACCUGUCAAUCCCCGUCAAUCAGAUUCAUAGAGUGGCUAAGAGAGUGCGGCUCCUUCGCAUCGACAUUGACUGGUCCGAGGCCUUUGUCAUUCACAACUUGGAGUUCAAGCGCAAUUACAAACUGCACCCUUCCACCAUGCAGGACAUCGCUUCUGCUGUAACUAGCCAGCUCAAGAAAAAAGGUAAUGCAUUUGUCGAAGCCUGGUUCUUCCAGGAACAAACAUUUGAUCGUUCCUGGCCUGAAAUCCUCGCCAAUCUCAAACAGUACUCAUACACAGGGUCACACUCUCGCCCCCAGUGUCAACUGGAAAAUGGCUCGUCAUCUCAAUGGCUUCAGAUCUCGCCAGUCCGAAGACACUCACCCCGAACGUGUCUCUGCAUCUCUCUCCGAGUUUGCCCACAGCAUCACACAAGCCAACAAGAAAACUUGGUCAGGUGUCAUCUCCGCCGAGAAUGA